AACAACGUAAUUAUUCAAACGAAAGUGUCAGUGCAAGGAGAUCAGAUAGGAAACGGUACUUUUGCUAGACAAUAUGUUUGCAAUUCGUAAUACGCUUCAUUUUUGCAAUAUUUCGCCUAUUCGUCACCUAUCAACAAUUCCAUUUUCUAGUGACUUCAUUUUUCGACAGUUAUUCGACGCGACGAGCAGCACGUACACUUAUUUACUUGCGGAUACGACGACGCGGGAAGCCGUCCUUAUCGAUCCGGUGUUUGAACAUGCCGGGCGGGACGCCCAACUUUGUAAGGAUUUAAAUUUAAACCUGAAAUAUGCAAUGAAUACCCACAUGCACGCUGACCAUAUAACUGGAACUGGAGUGCUUAAAAAAUUAACAAAAUGUAAAAGCGUAAUAUCGAAAGCGAGCGGUGCCGAUGCCGAUGUACAUGUGAACGAAACUGAUGUUGUAACUUUCGGUAGGCAUAAAUUACAAAUUUUUGCAACACCUGGUCACACUAAUGGUUGUAUUACUUAUUAUUCACCCGAACAGGGUAUCGCUUUCACUGGGGAUACGCUUUUAAUUCGUGGCUGCGGGAGAACCGAUUUCCAAGAAGGGAAUUCCGAGAUGCUUUACCACAACGUGCACAAAAAAAUUUUUACAUUGCCACCUGCUACUCAAUUAUAUCCAGCCCACGACUAUAAAGGUUUGACUAGUACAACGGUCGACGAGGAGAAACGCCUUAAUCCGCGUCUCACCAAAAGCCUCCAAGAAUUCGUCAAGAUUAUGGACAAUUUGAAUCUGCCCUAUCCAAAAAUGAUUGAUAAAGCGGUUCCUGCAAACAAAGUGUGUGGGGUUUUUGAACUAUCCCCUCAAUAGAUCAAUAUGUAUCCGGCAUUACGACCUAUGGCUCAUGUAGACAUCGGAAAUCCAUUGCAAUAUUCUGCACUUUAUGGCAUUUAGUUUGAAAGGGCGAGUUUUGUGGGGUGUUAGUUGUGAUUUUCUUUAUUAUAUGUUCUUGUACCUUCAUUUACUCUUAUUCUUGUACUCCGUUAUAUAAGAUGUUAACGUAUUUUUAAUAAAUGCUUUACAGUUUGCCGUU